AUGUCAAAGCCUAGCUUCACCUUGGCAGAGGGCCAACCAAUUUCAGACCCGUCUGUUAGUACGACUCUGCCAACUUUUGGUGGCGGCGGUUAUACGACACUCGGCGACACGCUUCUCAUUGAGACCCUUACUCAUUUUAACCGUGAACGUAUUCCUGAAAGAGUGGUUCACGCCAAGGCUGCCGGUGCAUGGGGUGAAUUUGAGGUCACCAAUGACAUUGCGGCUCUCACGUCAGCAAAGUUUCUCAACGGCGUCGGCAAGAAAACACCAGUUCUCUUUCGUCUCAGUGGAACAGGCGGUGAAAAAGGCAGUGCAGACACUGUUCGCGAUGUGCGCGGAUUCUCCGUGAAGUUCUAUACGGAAGAUGGCAACCAUGACAUUGUUGGAAACCAUAUUCCCGUGUUUUUUGUGCGGGAUCCAAUGAGGUUUCCUUCUUUGAACAGAAGCCACAAGAAACACCCAGCCACCAAUCGACCAGAUUGGAAUAUGUUCUGGGAUUUCCACACCAAUCAACCGGAAAGUGUCCACGCCUUGAUGCAUCUUUUUGGAUCCCGAGGUAUCCCAUCCUCUAUCCGUCGAGUCACAGGUUUCGGAGUCCACACCUUCAAAUUGGUGACAGCCGAUGGCGAAUUCCGCUACUGCAAGUUUCACUUCCGGCCGAGUCUCGAAAUCACGCAUUUCUCUGGCGCAGAUGGUUCCCGAAUGGCUGGUGCGAACCCCGACUUCCACAACCAGGACUUGUGGGAUGCCAUCGCUCGUGGAAAUUUCCCGGUGUGGAAACUGUAUGUGCAGAUCAUGGAACCAGCGCAGGCUGAGACAUACGGCCGCGGACUGUUCGAUAUCACCAAAGUCUGGCCCCACAAGGAAUUCCCUUUGAUUGAAGUCGGUAGAAUGACUCUGAACGAAAACCCCCGGAAUUACUUCGCCGAAAUCGAGCAAGCCGCAUUCUCCCCAUCGAACAUGGUGCCCGGAAUCGCCAUGACCCCCGAUCCAAGUCAGUACAGCCUGCAACUCCUUUCACUUUUCGACCAGAUUCUAACCACCAUUCAUAUUACAGUGCUGCAAGCCCGCAUGUUCGCCUACCCCGACGCUCAACGAUACCGCCUGGGAGUGAACUACACCCAGCUCCCUUCCAACCGAGCAAUCUGCCCCGUCUAUGCUCCCUUCGAGCGCGACGGAAUGGGAACCAUAGGCCGAAACUAUGGUGGUGACCCGAACUAUGUGCGCAGCUCACUGAGCCCCGGUGUACCAAGCCAGCUCGUUUCCAACGUGAGACACACUGAGCCUGUCGCCCACAAUGCUAUCCUCGCGCAAAACGAGAUUGCUGUUGAUGGCGAGGACUAUAUUCAACCCCGAGAGCUAUGGAACAGGAUCUUUGAUGAAAAUGAGAAACGGCAGUGGAUUGCCAAUGUGUCGGAAACAUUAGAAGAUGUCCCCGUUGAGCUCAGAGAGGCUGUCAUUGAUAUGUUCAGCAAUGUUGAUGCCCGCAUUGGUCAAAUGCUAGUUGCCAAGGCUAGUAAUAAUUCCAGGCUUUAA